AUGGAUGACGAUGUAGAUGCGAUCGACAUCGAUGAUGACGAUGCUGCUGGUAUAUUUAGUAUCGCUAAUGACCGCCAAAGUGCGGACGAUGACACCCUCACUGGUGAAGACAACGUUCUUUCAGCAGUGCACACGAAGCGCACUGCUGUUGACAAGGAUGAAUCAGCAGAGGAUUUUCUGCUGACUCGCGAAGCGGUUGUCCGCUUCGUUUAA